AUGCUGGCCACCUUGCCCGCGGUGUCACACAGCACGUGGGACCACGCGCCCGCCACGGGGGUCUGCCCGGCGAUGUUGCACGGCGCCGUGUCCACCCAGUCUGUCAGAGACACGCCCAGCGACGCCUUGAGGUUGAGCAUGGCGCCGCGCAUGGGGGCGUCGAUGGGGCGGGCAGGGCGAGGAGGGCGGAGGGGAUGGUGUGGUAGAACCAGUUGUACUGCAGCGAACUGUGGGCGGCCCGGGCGCGUGGGCAUGGUGGGUGGGGGGCAGCGAUGUGAGGGGUGGGGCGGGGCGAUGAUGGGUGGUGCUCUAAGACGCCUGUGUGGGAAAGGUGGUGACGAUGCUGACAGGGGCUUGGUGGUGAGUGCAACACGGAGUGGUGAGUGCAGCAUGUGGUGGGGAGUGCAGCAUGUGGUGGGGAGUGCAGCAUGUGGUGGGGAGUGCAGCAUGUGGUGGGGAGUGCAGCAUGUGGUGGGGAGUGCAGCAUGUGGUGGGGAGUGCAGCAUGUGGUGGGGAGUGCAGCAUGUGGUGGGGAGUGCAGCAUGUGGUGGGGAGUGCAGCAUGUGGUGGGGAGUGCAGCAUGUGGUGGGGAGUGCAGCAUGUGGUGGGGAGUGCAGCAUGUGGUGGGGAGUGCAGCAUGUGGUGGGGAGUGCAGCAUGUGGUGGGGAGUGCAGCAUGUGGUGGGGAGUGCAGCAUGUGGUGGGGAGUGCAGCAUGUGGUGGGGAGUGCAGCAUGUGGUGGGGAGUGCAGCAUGUGGUGGGGAGUGCAGCAUGUGGUGGGGAGUGCAGCAUGUGGUGGGGAGUGCAGCAAGUGGUGGGGAGUGCAGCACUUACAGCGCGGCAGGAGGAAAAGAAGCAGGAAUGUCGCGACAAUCACAGCAGGCGCGCACUCAAAGCAGGCGCGCACUCACAGCAGGCGCGCACUCACAGCAGGCGCGCACUCACAGCAGGCUCGCACUCACAGCAUGCGCGCACUCACAGCAGGCGCGCACUCACAGCAGGCGCGCACUCACAGCAGGCGCGCACUCACAGCAGGCGCGCACUCACAGCAGGCGCGCACUCACAGCAGGCGCGCACUCACAGCAGGCGCGCACUCACAGCAGGCGCGCACUCACAGCAGGCUCGCACUCACAGCAUGCGCGCACUCACAGCAGGCGCGCACUCACAGCAGGCGCGCACUCACAGCAGGCGCGCACUCACAGCAGGCGCGCACUCACAGCAGGCGCGCACUCACAGCAGGCGCGCACUCACAGCAGGCGCGCACUCACAGCAUGCGCGCACUCACAGCAGGCGCGCACUCACAGCAGGCGCGCACUCACAGCAGGCGCGCACUCACAGGCCCACAACGGCGCCAGCGGAGUUGCAGAAGACGCCGGUCCAGGAGCCGGGCGCGGGGGCCUGCCCCUCCACGGUGCACGCGCCCACAGUGGUGGCGAGGGGCACGCUGCCGCCCUUCAGCGCCUUGGGCUGCAGCACCACCGUGCUGGCCGCCCAGUCCGUGGCCGUCACCCCCAGCACCGUCUUCAGCGCCAGCAGCGUCACAGCUGCACGCGAGGAGAGGGGGCGCAGUGUUGGUGGCGUGGGGACGAGCCAGUGGAGGUUGAGAGGGGGGGACGACGCGGUGGGAGGCGCCGUGACGCCAGUGGUGCUGACGAGGCACGGCACGCCGCCGCACAGCGUGCCCUGGCCGGCAGCGCUGCCGCAGAUGGCGCAGUCGGAGGUGCUGCGCUGCGCGAUGCCCAGCGAGGCGCAGUUGUUGGCGUCGGUGAGGCAGUUGGUGGUGGCGGCGCAGGUGGCGAGUGUGUUGACGGGGAAGGAGCCCGAGAAGAAGUUGCCCUGCACGUCCAGCCACUUGGUGGGCGCCGGCACGGACGCGAUGGCGCCCGUGAGGUAG